AUGGACAGUACGCACAGUGUAUCAUUAGCAGUGGCCGCAAAGCUCAUGACUUGCUGUUAUAUACUAAUAACUCCGUUGACCUACAUUGUGUCGACCCUCUUUCAAUCGUCUGUUUUACUCUUUGGCGGGUUCAAGAGAAGCGGUGGCGCCGUCAAGUUGCACGCCGAUGAGGAUACGCUGUUCCCCUACCCAGGGAAAAUAACUCCUCAUGAGAAGUCAAGGAACCAGAAUGCCACACCGUGUGGUACCAGUGUCUCCUCGGCGUAUAUUCCACGGAAGAAUGAACAAGGAGAACUCGAGUUCAAGCUGGCCAAUAAGGACAACGGUAACUCCAGUGAAGAUGACACUUAUCCAACCUCAACGCCCGAGACCAAAUACGAUUAUAAAGUUGGGAAGGAGGAUCCAGAUGUUAGCAACCCUAAAAAUGGGUUUAUUUCGCUAUCGCCAGUAUCUUCUAUAAGGUCGGAAGGCUCUGGAAUUGUUAGUGAUCAGCAUUCCAAUGAAGUCACGGACUCUCAAGACGAUAAUAAUCUACAGGAUCCAGAAGAUAUUGAAGGCACUGAAAAUGGUGCAGAUUCAGAGAGGGUCCACCAAUGUCCAGAAUGCGACUCCAAGUUUAGAAUCAGGGGUUACUUGACUCGUCAUAUGAAGAAACAUUCUAAAUCAAAGGCAUAUCGUUGCCCAUUUCAUGGGUUAUAUGGUGAAUCAAAAUGUCACCAAACUGGUGAGUUUUCUAGACGUGAUACUUUUAAAACGCAUUUAAAGGCUAGGCAUUUUAAAUAUCCACCGGGUAUUAAAUGCAAGAAAAGAACGGGAAUGAUGGGCUGGUGUGGAAUCUGCGGUGAGAAAUUCUUGAAUAAUGAAAUAUGGGUGGAGCGACAUAUAGAAACAGGCCUCUGUCCUGGUUUACCGGAAGAUUAUAUCAAAACUUUAAAACCAGGUAAAAAGAAAACGGGUAAACAUUCCAAGUUUUUGGAUGUUGAUUACCUGAGCGAAAACACCCCUCUGGCAACCUCUCAAUCUCCCUCUUUUAUUCCUAUGGUGACUGAGUUCUCAAGCUUCCCUCAUUAUGAAAACCUUAGCCAACUGAAUAAUCUGAAUAAUCUUGGCAACAUACCAUUUCAAACUAGGUAUCUACAAAGCCCUUCAAGUGUUGAUUCUUCACCGCCGUCCUUGAAUAACUCCAAGCCUAACAUAGCAAACCAGCGUUGUUUGACCAUCCCGACACCGUGUGACUCAACCCAACCAACAAGGUCGUUAUCUCCCGAUACUCCUGUAAAUGUGACUCCUUCCAAUGUCGAUCUGGAAACUUUGACGUUGCUACAGAAGCAACAAGAAUUGAUCCAAAUAAUUAAUUCCUUAAAGCAGAAACAGUUGGAAAGCGAAAUGAUGCGCCAGCAGCAACAUCAGCAACAGCAGCAACAGCAGCAACAGCAGACAGGAUUACAAGAAACAAUUGUACAACAAAACUCUACUAAUUUUCCUCUAAAGGGAGAUUUCUCUGGACUCAACGAAUUUUUAAAGAGCUUUUCGGCUGAAAAUGUACACAAGCAGAAAAGGCAGGAUAUGAAACAGUUUGUCUUCCAACAUAUGCAAUACAAGAAAGGCAAUGAAGCAACACCAGGGGGAGCGACCGUGUCGAACCAGAGCGCUUACACGAAUAUAGCAAAGCCGAUGGUGACGCCCUUCCAUAAAGUUCCUGAAAGGGACCAUUACCAAGAGCUGAUGGACAACGAUUUUCCUUCGCUUGACGAAGGCUUCUAA